CCUCUAGGGUGAAGGGUUUAAUAUCGGCUAUAUAAGCAAGACGUUCAGCAGUAUUCGCCGGCUUCGAAGAAGUCCACAUCGGUUGAAAAAGGAGAUAGUGUCAUUCUAAGCUUAAAAAAUAGCCAUUGGUAUGGCUAACGCGAACCCUGUGCCCCGUUUGUAUAAAACGGUGGUAGAGGAUGUCAUUUCCAACGUGAGGGAAGCUUUCCUCGACGAGGGAGUGGACGAACAAGUUCUACAGGAACUGAAGCAGUUAUGGGAGAACAAACUAACACAGUCAAGGGCCCUGGAUUCUGGCCCUGAGCCCUCAGAGUCUGUCAUGAUCCCCUCCACGAUACAGUACAUCCCACAACCUGUACAGAACGCCCCCAGUAAACAACAGUUUAUUGGAGCAUCAGGAGUGGUUACACAGAAUAUGCCUGUACCUGUACAGAUCGCAAGCCAAGACAUCAGUCAGCCAGCUGCAACAGCGCACAUGGCAUUACCUCAGGGAGUCCUCCAGCAACAGCUGCAGGCCCUGGCCUCUCAAGGCCUUACCCUUCAGCCCACAGGGAAUGGUCAGUUUAUCAUCCAGGCCUUGCCCCAGCAAGGUGCCCAUGGUCAGAUAGGGGCCCCCCAACUCCAGCAAGUGACCAUCUCCCAGGCCAGUAUCCCCACCAUGAUCCAGCAGCCCCAGGGCCAGCAACAGCAGAAGACACAUCAGGUGUUGCAGCUGGAUGGAGCAGGAGACUCCAGUUCUUCAGAAGAUGAGGAUUUUGAUGAUGAUGACGAUGACAAUGAAAACGACGAUGAUGCCAAAGAGGAUGACAAUGACGAGCAGGGAGAAGAAGAGGAGCCCCUGAACUCCGACGAUGACGUGAGUGACGAGGACCCGUCCGAUCUGUUUGACACCGACAAUGUGGUGGUGUGUCAGUAUGACAAGAUAAACAGAAAUAAAAACAAGUGGAAGUUCCAUCUGAAAGACGGAAUCAUGAAUCUCAAUGGAAAAGACUUUGUCUUUCAAAAAGCUACGGGAGAUGCGGAAUGGUGAUGUGUGCAUAAUGCUUGGAGAAAAAAAAAAUAGACAAGAAAACAUGUCAAAAGAAAACAAAGAAAAAUUCAUAUCAGUUGCAUGUUGGCAAAAGUCAGGACUGCUAGUGGGACAACUGACCAGCAGGCCUAGACUAUGACGAGGACCAUUAGAUGGACGGAUGUUGUUUCGGAUGUACGACAUUUUUUUUUCUCUCUCUUAUGAAGAGGUGCUAGGUAAAGAUCACAUGACAGGAAGUACGUGUAUCGGUAAAUAUUUCGUGACGUAUUCCCAGGGUUAGAUUCUGAGAGGAGAUGGCAGGAAGAGAGACCUUUUAUUUUUCUUUUGUGCUUUUUGCUCCCCAUUUAAUCAUAUCAUAAUCUUUCCCUUCAAAUUUUUUUUUUUAAUUUAGAAUAAGAGGAAAAGAGAUUUUUUUUAAAGGACAGCGAUUUCUUUUCAAACAUUUUUUCUUUAAUAUUAAAACUUUAAGAAAUAUUUUUUGAUGGACAUUCUCUUUUUACAAGGACUUGUAUUAUCAAGCGAUAAAAAAUUCACACAGUGAGGUCUUACGGCUUUAACUUUUUGAUUGGGGCCAGAGCAUAUCAAUUAGAUUUUGAGAUAACAGGAUUAUCUUAUUUUUAAAGUUUAAGUUUUGUUUUGAGGGGAUUUUUUUUUUUUACUUUCAAAGUCCAUGUGCUGCAUGCAUUCCUUAAUAAUUAAGCAAGUCCUAAGAAUGAAUCUCCAAACUAUUACUCUGAAAAUGAAAUCUUUUCCUCCCUCACUGACUUUUCAUUUUAUGUCUGAGCUAAUUCAUUUACCUUCAUAUACCGUCUUAAAGUAAUGUAUUUUGGUUCAAACAGUCAUUUCUUCAUUUUGCUCUUUAAAAAUUUCCAUAUUUCAAUAAAAUGAUCAACACAUUUUUAUCUAAAUAGAACUUAUAUGAAGUUUUCUUGUAUUACAUGCAAUUGAUAUCUUCUCAUGUCCAGUAUUUCUGUUUAGCCUUCCUUUUAAAAAGAGAUUCUUGUUGACCAGAAAUCACUUUUGCUUUUCCUAGUUUCACUUUCACUUUGUUCUUCAGUAUGAUCUUUCAUGCAAUUCAGGAAAGUAUGCUUGUGUGUAUUUUUCCUCAAAUUGACUUUUUUAGUACCGUAGUUUUAUUUUAAAAUUUAUUAAGCAUGCAAUAGAAAAAUGAUGUAUGAAAGCUUGGAAACAAAAAUUGCUGUCAGAUUAUAUUUAUUUGCUAGUCAUUGUACUGUUUUUGUAUUAGAUCAUUGUGUAUGGUUAUCCCCUCUUUGAAUACAAAAGGAACUCCCUCAUAUUCUGCAAUGGUCAUCGAGACGUAGUUGGUAGUUUUCCGAGCCAGUACACAUUUUGCUGCUUGCCAUUUUGUCAUUUACUGCAAAAAAAACCACCAAACAAAACGGAAUAACGGAUUAAUGCUACGGCCAAAAAGAAUAAUGUCCGAGAUGGUUUGGUUAGUUGUAUUGAAAUGUGGCAUUUUUUUUUUUUUAAAGAUCAGGGAUGUUAUUGAACCAAAUAACCUGCAAUCCAAUUAAUCUUUUUUGCCAAGUCCGUUUGUAGAAAAAAUUGCUUAUUCUUUUCUUCUAUUUCUUAACUUUAUGGUUCUUGCUUAAAACUUUUUUUCUCUUAUUCUAUUGUAUGGCAGGAAUUGAAGACCACUAUUUUUUGUAUUUUCACUAUCUGAAUAUUCCCCUCCCCCCCAUUAAAGGUGAACAUAAGAGAUUUAGCUAGCACAACAUAUCUGAAGCGAAGAAAAAUUUUAUUAAAAUAUGCAACUUCAAGAUGAAUAGAAUAUGUUAGUUUGUUGUCAACAUAUACACGUAUUUUAAAAAAAAGUGUUUUGGAUUUUUAAAAUGUAUUAAUUAAAAUUUCCCAGAGAAUAAAGUUUGCAAGUUCUUGAUAGUGAAAACUUAAUUACUCUGAGUGUAGAAUUGACAAAGACUCUAUGGAAGACAUGAUUGAAGGUAAAAAGUUCCAGAGGUGAAGAAGAAAAAUUAGGCAAGCCAGAUAGAAAUUGUAGGGUGUGCUUUUUUUUAUAUUUUGUAAAAUGAAAAAAAAUAUUAGGUUGUGAUUUGGAUCUUUGUUGUUGUUUUUUUUUCUUCAUUUGAACUAGACAGAUUAGUCUAAAUGUGUCGAAAUGUACUUCUUUUUACUGAAGCCAAGGACAUGAAAAGACAUGUCUACAAUAGAAGUUUACACCUAUGUGCUUGUAGACUUUAUAUAGGUGUAGAUAAUUACUCUCGUGGUUUUUCUCCCAGUUAGUUUAUAUAAAUGAAUUUGAUAAAAUGUAUCAUUUUUAGAGUAACUGUAUUCUAGUCAUUUCAUUGUGGAAUUCGAGGUGGAUUUUUUUUCAAAAUAAAAGAGUUAUUGACAUCAAAGGGUGAAAAAAAAAGCAUUGUAAUUUUUUGUUUUGAAGUCUCAGUAUAUUCAAUACAUGUACAGUUUUUAAUUUGCUACAAAAAAGUGAAUUUUUAAAAAGAGGGAUUGUAUGAAAUAUUGAUAACUAUGAAUUCCCAAAGGUGCUGGAUUGUCAAUAUUAGAGAAAAUAUCCUGAUAGUAAAAAGAUUUUUUUGUGAAGAGUGCAAAGUAUUGUAACUUGUGAUUGGCGAUCCAUGGGUUCUGAUGUACAGCAUAUUGAAUGGGUUCUAUGUAUCGAUACCAAUGCUGUCAUUACAGUGUAUUUUUUAAUAUGGUGUUUUUUUGUACUCUACAUUUUUGUUUGGAUGUUAUAUCACAAAAUUAUUAUGUGAUCAAAUUUUGAAUAUAUCAAUUGUUGUGUGUGUUGUUAUGGUGAUGAUGAAACUGCAAUUUUUUUUUAUUUUGACAUUUCUUGUAUUCCAUAUUUUAUAUAAAAGAUGAGAAUUGAUAAAAAAAAGAAAAGAAAAGAAAGUAGAAAUAAUACAAUCACACCCCCUUUUCCAAAAAUAGAUUUGAUUAUGGACCACACAAUGAAGAUUUUUGGUCAACCCUGUCCUUAUGAAGAAAAAAAAGAUUAGGAUGAACGGAUUAUGACUUUUGGUGAUGAUUCCAAUUCAUGUGCAAUGUGCCAUAUGCAUUCAAUCAUUGUCUGUGUGUGUGAGUGUGUGACCCUUACAUGUGUCCGACAGGACUUAUAGCUUGAUGUAUAAAAGAUUAUAUAAUGAUCUUCUGGUGCACCCUGGUUUCAUCUAUUAUAACUUAUUACAAUAAAAAAAAAAUGUUUAUAUAUAAAAA